CUGUCUUCUCAUGACUCCACGCCUCCUCUGCCGAUGGCGUGUUUGGAGCUACCUGUCUGCCCCUUUCUCCACGUGUAGUCCGACCUGCUGCUGUCUCUCUGUCUGUUCGCUGUUGUUUUUAACCAUGUCUAUAGUCAGAACGAGUUUAAAACUGUUCUUGUUCGGCGCAGUUACCGUCCUGGUUGUGCUGCUGCUGCGGCAUUGGAUGGCCACCAAGCAGUAUGUGUUCAACAAAGAAGACGUCGCCAGAUUGGCCAAACAGUACGCAGGACAGGACCAUGAGCAGGCCUUCUCCAAAGUGGUGGUGGAGCUCAGGAAGAGGUAUCCUGGCCACAUCCUGCCAGACGAGGACCUGCAGUGGGUGUUUGUGAACGCCGGAGGUUGGAUGGGCUCCAUGUGCCUCCUCCACGCCUCGGUCACAGAGUACCUGCUGCUGUUUGGUACGGCGGUGGACACAGGAGGACACUCUGGUCGUUAUUGGGCUGAGAUUUCUGACACCAUCAUAUCCGGCACCUUCAGACAGUGGAAGGAGGGGACGACCAAGAGUGAAAUAUACUAUCCGGGUGACACCAUCGUACACAGUGUCGGCGAGGCCACGUCGGUCCAGUGGAGCGCCGGGACGUGGAUGGUGGAGUACGGCCGAGGCUUCAUCCCCUCCACGCUGGGAUUCGCCCUGGCAGACACCCUGUUCAGCACCCAGGACUUCCUCACGAUGUUCUACACCGUACGCGUCUACGUCAAAGGAAUGCUGCUCGAGGCUGGCACGCUAUUCGCAGAGGCCGGCAUUGUCUGAGGCUCGGAACACCGGCACAGGGACACCAAAAGGUCGCCUUGUCAUCGCACGCCAUUCCCCCCCCACCCGACCACUGACAUCUAGCAUGAGGAAAACAUCUGUGCCAGAUCAUUCAAAGUUAAAAUAUUUUAACCUGGAAUUGUAGACAGUUCAAAUGUGAUCACAUCCCUGUUUACCCUGUUACUGUACAUCAAACUGCAACACCUACCAGUGAUUUAAAGGCUGUACCUCUCCCCCAAAUCAAUGACACACAAGAACACAUCAUUCUGAAUGAAGCCUUAGCUCGUCCCCCAGAGUCCAACAGUGAUAAUCAGCAUCUUACUGCACAAUAUGAACAUUCCUCUGAGAGCUCAAACUGCCCACAUACAGAAAGUCUUCAGUGCCCAUUAAAAAUACGGCAUCCAUGUGUUUUUUUUUUCUUAAAGAAUGGAAGCCAAAAGAACUCAUUCAUACAGUUAAAUAUUCAAAUGAGAUUCUUACAAUAAAUUGUAACCAGGCGCUGGGUUAUUGGGGAUCUUGAGCAGUGACUUUUUUGAGGGGACCGCAGCAGCAUUGGAGGAAAUAAAAGUCAAAUACCAAAUCAUCCCUCUACCCUCACUGCUUAAAGUCCCUGUUAACUCUUUUAGUAAACGACCACUUUGAAAAACAAGCAUCAAUUGUGAAACACUGAAGCUGUGAUAUGAAAACUCUGGACCAAGGAAUUACUUUUGAAACAAAUAUGCAAUGAUUAAUUUGGAAUGUAAAUCAAACAAUAUACAUAAUGCAAAGCCACUAUUUUCUGAAGUAAUACUCACUUCAUAUGUAUAUGCAUUUGGACCUAAUGAGAGUCCUUAUUUAAUGUCUUAAACCAAUAACGGAAACCAGCAUCAAGAAGCCAAGAAAGCAUGUAUGUUCCAAAAACCAAGCCUGUCUUGACUUUUGGCUCCAUUUCUUCAUUCACAAUCAAUCAAACUGUCUCUCUGUGCUAUAUAUUUUUCUGAAAAUGUUGAGAACUUGAAGGGAUGUGUUGAAGAAAACUGUCUGGAUGUGUAUUCAGUGUCCUGUUUCUGGCUCAGUACAAGUCAAAGUCUGAUUCAUGCCAGCUCAGAGACGGCAGUGUUUUAACGGUUACAGUUACUGUCAUGGUGUUGACCCAGAGCUUCAGAGCUGCUGUGCUACAACAGAUUUUAAAUUUUAAAGGUGCAAUUCCCACAUGUUUACACAGCCCCAACUUUUACAGGCUUAAUAUGAAAGAUACCAGUCCUUUUUGUUUCUGUCUCUAAACUUUGGUAGCGGUUUAUCCUAUGAAUCAAAUCACUUAAUGACAUUUACGUUUAUUCUUUGGACAAAUUCAGGAGCAGUUUGAAAUGGAAAAAUGCUGCUGUUCUAUACUUCCAACCUCUGCUGUGUUUAACUGUAAUUGUACUCUUUUAAUGGGGUGGGUUGAAUUAGUAAAAGGUGACUUACUUCAAAUCUGCAUCUGAAUUGUUUCAGGGAGCUCCGUGAACUUAAAGAGUGUUGGUACAGUCAGUUUGAAAAUGUAAUCGUUGAGAUGAACUUGAAUGAUGUCUUUUUCUUUUUUUUUUUUGCUCAAGUGACACUACUCUGCCUCUGUUCAUUGUCUGGAACUUUGCACUAGCCCUACAGGGCCAAAACAAAAUGAUGUCCACAGGCCUCGUCCUCUACAUAAUACUGAGAAGAAAUUGCAGAAAAUCAAAGCCUUUAAGAAAUAUUAUUUGUGGACUACACAAAUGUAUCACUGCUGCUGGUUACACCAUUUCCACACUUGAACCUGCCUGAAACCACCCAGGACCAUAUCAGGUUUCCACAGUAGUUAAAUUAUAAUGUAUUGAACAAAAUGUAUUCUGAACUACCCAAAACUGGAGUAAUUUGGCUUAUGUACUGAAGCAUAGAUAGCAGUGUGGUCUCAUGGAUGGAUGGCAAGACAGAAAAUAACCUCCUAAAUGUUCGGAUGUGCAAUUUACUGUAAGGUAAAACUGAGAGUGCCAAAAUAAAUGUUUUUGAAGGCAAAUGA